CCAUCCUCCGGGACAAGUUUAUUGCUCUUUUCUGGUUUGCCUUCGACAUCCACCGCCGAUCAUGUGGUUUCUGCCACUUUCCUACGCCAUCAGCGUCUCCAAUGUCAAGUCUAGAUUUGAUCGCAUCGCCGCAAGUCUGCGGUCAAAGACGAUCCCCGACCUCUCUAGCUCGGCCAUUAGCCACUCCAAGAUGAAAGUUGCAUCUGCCCUUGAUCGGCUUUUCUUUUUCUUAUACACCGGAAUCACCUACCGGAUCUUGCUCAUCUUCAUCAUCCCUUAUACUGCUGUCACUACUUGUGCUGUCAGAUAUCCGUUCUAUGGCAUUGGCUACUUUCUAUGGCAUCCAGUGCUUUGGCCGUCUUUUGUCUAUGUCGUCCUCCCUCUCAUCAUCAUCAUGCUCAUCAUCUACUCUGGAUGGUUUGCAAUGGCCUACCCGCCCAUGGUAGUCAUCAUGAUCAUCCUCAACGGCCCAGCUGGCGUCUUUACCUCAUUCUUCAUGGUUUUCAACCAAGCAUACUCAAUCUACAGCAUCAUUGCCAAAACAUUCAUCAUCAAAGGCGCCCACAAAAAAGUCUUUGACACCGUCCUCCGACUCCGCGGCCUCGAAGACUUUGUCGCAGACUCCCCCGCUAACGCUACAGAGCCCGAAAUGUCCUCCGUCGUGCUCGAGCGCGCGAGCCGCAGCGCGGUGCACAAGCUGCGCGCGCAAUGGCGCCUGUUUAUCCUCCGGCUUACUUCCCCGUUUCUUCUAUUGAAAAACCUGCUUUUGAUACCGAUCCAAUUUAUCCCGUUUGUAGGACCAUUUAUUGCUGCGCUUUUGAAAAGUCUGGAGUUUGCAAAGGCGGCGCAGAUGCGUUAUUUCCAACUCAAAGCUUUCACGCCGCGGGAAACUCGUCUAUUCAUUAGAAGACGAUAUGGCGGCUACAUCACAUUCGGUGCUGUGGCUGGCAUUCUGGAAACGCUACCCAUCGUCGGCAUGUUUUUUAGUUUCACAAACGUGACCGGAGCCGCGCUCUGGGCUGCCAAAAUGGAGCGGCGAGAGCAGUUUGCUGAAAGUACAAAUAUAUAAACACCAGUCCGUGUCUGCUGCUACAUUCUCUAAUAGCCUCUGUCUCUUUGCUGUUACACGUUCAUUGCUGAAAAUGUUAUUUACUUUAUAUUCUGCUCUUUGCUAUG